CCAGUCAAGUGCGCGCCUCCACACGAACGCGAUUCGAACGGUCAACCUGUUGGCUCAGAGUAUCGCGGAGCAGGGCUCGACAACAAUGUAGAUUUGAUUCGAUGUGAUUUUAGGUUCUGAAACUAUUUUAAUUACCUAAUUACGACCGAUCAAGUUAGACAAUAGUUGACAAGAUGGCUGUUAUAUGCGAGGCCGAGGACAUAAUGUGCGACCAGUGCAUCUUGUUCGAGGAGUACGACAGAAAAAAAUCAUUUCUGAUUAUUCCGAAAACAAAUCUGUGGGUGGCCAUCGAUGUGGUGACCCGUGCCGUCGUACCGUCCCUCAUAAACGCUUACUAUGCCUGCAUCCGCAAUCAGCAAACGGUGGUGGACAGCUUCAGGUAUCAGCUCCUGCCCGCCGUCGUCGCCUUCCUCGCCAACAGCUUGUCCCGAUCACUGGCCUCUGUCCAAAGGAUCACGGUGCCGCUAACGAUGCGGGCCAUCCGCAACCAAAACAUGACCGAACAGGAGCAGGAGUACGUGGACGUCGGACCGGAGAAAUGCGUCCAAUGCGAAGUGCUGACAACGCCCGAGGGCGAAAUACUGGCCGACGUAAUAUUCAUUCACGGUUUGCACGGCGGCCUGGAUAAGACGUGGAAGCAGGGUACGUGGAGGAAUAGCAAUCACAAGUUGGUUGACCAGUUUCCGGUGCGGAGACAGUGCAGCGAGGACUAUUACGUGCCACCUAAGCCGCGAUCUUUGAAACGAGCCCUUUCCCAAUACUACUCGAAGAUACCGCACAAAAUCGCUCGACGGGACGACGAAAUUUGCGUUACGCAGGACGAGGAUGAUUGGCACAACAUGAUGGACGAGAUCGAAAAUGACGAGAACUAUUCGAAAUGCUGGCCGCAGGACUGGCUGCCGAAGGACUGUCCCGGUGCUAGAGUUAUUGCCCUGAACUAUACUACCGACGUGUUGUGGUGUCCGCUUUGGUUGAGGAAAAGAAAUCGAACGGACAUGGUGGAACGAAGCCAAGAAAUGAUUGAAGAAUUAAUUCGAAUAGGCGUCGGAAAAAAACCAAUUGUGUGGGUGGGGCAUUCCAAAGGUGGGCUCUAUAUAAAACAGAUUUUAGUAAAUGCUUGGACUAAGCGACACAAUAGUCAAUACAUGUAUGACCUCUUCACUCAGUCAAAGGCAAUUAUGUUCUACAGCGUCCCACACAAAGGAUCCUCGUUAGCCGACUUCACGUUGCCACUGCUGAGAAGGAGUAUUGAACUGUUGGAGAUACAAAGGAAUUGUAAUUUUGUUUUAAAUCUACAUAAGCAAUUCCUUGAAGUGUGCGAAAAAUCUGAUAACAAACCAGAAAUCUUCAGUUUCAUAGAGACUUCAUUCACAUUGAUGUCAUUUGUAUUUUUAAAAAUAGUUGCAUAUGACUCUGCAGACCCUAAUAUAGGAGUAAAAUGUGACGUGCCAUUGGAUCACCGAGAAAUAUGUAAACCUGCUGGCAGGGACUGUUUCUUGUAUCUAGAAUUAGUUAAGUUGAUUAAAAAGGCAAUGAAUUUAAAUGAGGAAUAAGGAUGGUAGAAUCCCAAAUUGUAUAUUAGAAAUUUUUGUUAUUUGAACAAUUCUACUAGAAUAUAAGAAAUUCUAAAACGUGUUAAACAUAAAUGAUACAUUUUUAAUAUUAUUUUCUCAGUUUAAUGUAAAUAAAAGUAUUAAGGUAAAAUUUAUUAAUACUAAUAUAUCAAUAGUGACCUAAAUGUGUGAUAUUAAUAUAUAAUUAGACCAAAAAUAUUGUGAUGUAGCAUAAGACUCAGAUAUGUUAAUGGUGAAUAGAUUUGCUGGCCUAGCUCCUCUAGUUACAAUUAGUUUCUAAUGUACAAAUAUUAUAUAGGAAUUUUCUAUGUCACAGUAAAGUAGAUGAAUACUGCAAAAUAUUAUUUUAUGUAAUACUCUAAUAUUGUACAAAUGCUAUUUUUCAGUUAGUAUAUCAGUUUUAGUGCUAGGCCUGUAUUUAGAAAUUUGUUCUUUACAAUGUAUUUUUAUACAAGUUGUAGAAAAGAUAUUUUAAUAUAAAUGAUCUGUAGCAA